CCUCACACUGAGAUCUCCAGGUUCUUGAAAUUACUCUAGCUGAGUCUUCUCCAUCAUGAGUCUCAGACUCAAUGCCACCUCCUCCUGCACCAGUGCCACCCCCCUUCACAUCGCAUGGGUGUUGCUGCUGCUGUCACUGCUCCUGACUGCAUUGAUUCCUUCUGCCACUGGACAACCUGAAAUUGGAGAACCAUAUUUUGAACUCCGUUGUGCAUGUGUGAACACAGUCUCUGGAAUUCAUCCCACUAUUGUCCAGACUUUGAAAAUGAUCAAGCCAGGAGCUCACUGUGAAAAAGUCCAAGUGAUAGCCACACUGAAGAAUGGGAAGGAAAUCUGCCUGGACCCAGAAGCUCCUGCAGUCAAGAAAAUGAUUCGGAACGCAUUAGGAGGUCAUUAGUCAGCUGCUUAAUCUGUUUAUUUUCUGCCAUAUCUUACCUCAAGGAAGGGUAGGAUUUUGAAGCCUUGGCUUUUUAGUGUUCUUAUUUGUCCAGGAUACCUGUUUUCACUGUCUGAAAAUUUGGAUACAUUUUCUAUUCUGCAUGGAAGUCACAUUUUAUUCUAAUAUGACAGAAAGAAGAUGAAAAUAAGCAAGCGUUGUUGUAGCAUAAUUUAUGGUUUGCUCCAUAAUUCUUGGCUAAAUACUGUGCUGUGCUUUGAACUUCUUUAUUUGAAAUUUUCUUUCCAAACACAUUUCUGUCAAUUUUUCUUUCUCUAUUUUUAGCCUUGAAACGCCCACAGUGAUUAAUAGAUUUCACAAUAGUCAAUGAUAAGAGGAAUCACACAGAACCAAGCAUAGAACACUUGCUCAAUAAAUGUUUUUUCAUGCAUUUAGGCAUUUAGAGUUUCUCAGUGACUUAGACCUAAAAUGUCUUGUUUCAAAACAUUCUGUGAAAAGUUUUUCGAAUGUUUAUUUUGACCUUCAAACCUUAAACAAAAUAAAGUUGUA